UAACAAUAAAGAAGGUGCUCGCUAUUUCCCUUAGCGUUUCGUACUCUAGUUUGUUAUCUGAAACAAUAAUACGCAAGAAGGUUUUGAAAAGGCAUAUAGGCCUAAUCUAGUUUUGCUGCUUUGAGGGUGAACGUUUAUUAAAAAGUGACAAUUAAACUACUGCGAUGACUCUUAGAAUUUCGAAGGUGUAUUUGAUAUUUUUACUAGCGCCUUUGUUUCUAGAGAACGCGUUUGGAUUAUGCGACGUUACUCAUUGCACAGAUUCGACAAAGUGUUUGUUUGCUCCUGACAAACGCAGAUGCAAGUGCGCGGUCGGAUAUUAUGGGGACCUCUGUGACGAAGUUGCAACAAUUAACGUCAUGUGCGGGAAAGACUACAUCACAAUCAUGGUGGUUGAGGACUUUUUCAAGUAUUACAAUAUUAAAUUGGAGGACCUCCACCUUGGAAAUAAGUCCUGCCGUGCCCAACAAGAGACUGUCGCUGGCGUUUCCUAUUAUAUGGCGAGAACCACAAAAGACCGAUACCUUUACUGCGGUGGGAAAGCGCUGGAGAAGAAUUUCACCCAUAUCGCAUACUCCCAAACGCUGCAGUCUGAUCCAGUGGUGAAAGGCAACAUAAUCCGUGAUCCCCUUAUUAAAAUAGAGUACAAGUGUGUGUACCCCUACAUCCGCACUGUUAGUCUCCCUUUUCCCAUUGUUCCCAUUUCCAGUGAGACCGUGAUGCGGGUGAAUGAGAUGGAGGCCACCAUCGUGAUGAGCCUUUUCAAGGAUGGGACCUACAUGGAGGCCUUUGACACGUCCCCCCAGCUGCAACUCAAGGAGAAGGCCUACGUUGAGGCCCGCGUGGUUGAACCUGAAGACUAUUUCCAUUUGCGAGUGAAUGAGUGCUGGUCUACGCAGUCAGCGAUGCCCAACGAUACUGAUGGUCUUUCUCACACUCUGCUGCUUAAUGGGUGUGUGAAAGAUGAAACUGUGAAGUUCCAUGGAUGGACUGCGGAGCACGACGGUGUCAACGGCAACGGCUCUGUGGUUCGCUACAGUUUCGACGUGUUUCGCUUUACGACACUGCCACAUGAGUUCUACCUUCACUGCACUAUCCAGCUGUGCUCUUUGGGAGAUGAGUCCUGCCUACCGGACUGUAAACUGAUAACUAAGCGGGAAGUAUCUACAGGGGAUCCCAAACAGGGAUUACUGUCGUAUGGACCAAUCAGGUUCAAAGCACCAGAUAGGCACUCAAAUGUGUUGCUGAUCCUGGGACUUUCCAUUGGUGGAAUCUGGGUUCUGGGUAUUUUUAUUCUCAUCCUCAUGGCUGUUGCUCGUGCAGGCAACAGACGACUGUCUCGCUUAUCAAAUCUUUAAAUAUAGUACCCCCUCAAAUAAACCAUUUUUACAAUGAUAA